UGAAAUGUCACUUCCAAUUUCCACUAGUAUGCCACUAGCCCCACUGUCCACAAGAAAAUAUCUUCCAACGUGGAAGUUGUUUUAAACUUAUUACUCAAAAUCCUAUCGUCUUUGGGAUAUGCAACUUCGGAGAAAUUGAGCAUUUUAUAUUUUCAUUACAAUAUUUAAACUAGAGUCUAUCUUCCUUAUUCAGACAGAAGUUCAUUGUUGUUAUCGAUUUUUUUGAAUUUAUUAUUGUUUUUUGAAAAUAAUUGGAUAUUUACAUAAUAUAUAAUGAAUCCUCCAAAAAAAGGAAAACAGGGAACAAGAGGAGCCAAACAAAUAGUGGAAGAAAAUGUUGAAACCUUGAAAUUCUAUCGCAAUUUGGCCUUAGGAACUACUAUAUUUGCAUUUCUUAUAAUGCAAUUUUUAUUUUCUACUUCUAUUACGGUCCUAUUCAUUUUAUCGUGUAUCAUUCAGUUUGGAGCCUACAAGUUUAUGGCAUAUAUGUCCAAAGCAACAUAUUCAGAAAGUGGACAAUUAAUAGAUAGUGGUGUAGAUUUGAAUAUGGCUGGAGGAAUAUCUGAGCAUGUGAAAGAUGUGAUUCUUUUAACAUCUAUUUGUCAAGUAACAUCACUUUUGUCCUACUAUUUUUGGCUUAUGUGGUUAUCUGGACCUGCUAGGGCAUUUUAUCUACUUUGGAAAAAUGUACUAGGUCCCUACUUUUUCCAGGCUCCUCCAGCUCAGCCUGAAAUUGAUGAGAAGAAACAGAAGAAGAUGGAGAGAAAAAUGAAGAGAAUGCAAAGAUGAUAAAUUGAGUAACCUAAAAAGGUUGAUUUAAUUGUUAUCACUUGAAAAAUGGAACAAUUGUUUUUUCAUUUUUAUUUAUUGAAAUUUUUCUAUUUUGUUAAGCAAUAACUUUUUUGUUAAUAAAGUUGUAUAUAGAAUA